AUGGCUGCCCCAAGAAGUGUUCAGCGCUUGCAGCAGACGCUGUCGCACGUACAGCCUCCCAACACUCAGCUGUCUCUUGUCGCUGGUCCGACGGAGCCGGCAUUGUUGGAUAUCACCUUGGGUGAGCUACUGACACUUCAAGCGCUGCAGUAUGGGGGCAUUGAGUGCCUGGUGUUCCCAUGGACCAAUGCGCGCUGGACAUACGGCGAGUUGAAAGAUGAGACCGAACGUCUGGCACGAGGCAUGCUAGCCUCGGGUAUUCAGAAAGGUGAUCGGGUUGGAAUCAUGGCAGGCAAUUGCGGGCAGUACAUCUCAGUCUUCUUUGCGGCCGCUCGGGUGGGAGCUAUUUUGGUGGUGUUGAACAACACUUACACCCCCUCCGAGUUAUAUUACGCACUUAAUCACAGCGAAUGCCGAUUACUUUUCAUGACUCCGCGAAUUGGCCGCCAUAAUCUCGAGGAAGUCCUCGCCGAGCUCGGUUCUAAUCCUAAGAAAACUGGCAAGUCGGACUCGUUGGAGGAAAUUGUUAUCUUGCGCGAAACCUACAAGAACUUUACCACCUACCACGAUGUCGUUGCUCGCGGCUUGUCGCAAGCCCCACACGUCCUACAGGACCGCGAGGCGGAAUUGCGUCCAGAUGAUGUCUGUAAUUUGCAGUUCACCAGUGGCUCGACUGGAAACCCUAAAGCUGCCAUGUUGACUCACCACAACUUGGUUAACAACUCGCGAUUUAUCGGCGAUCGGAUGAACCUCACCUCAUUCGAUGUUCUCUGCUGCCCACCACCGUUGUUCCACUGCUUCGGGCUGGUCUUAGGCAUGCUGGCGGUGGUAACUCACGGCGCCAAGAUUGUCUUCCCUAGUGAGACCUUCGACCCCAAGGCUGUCUUGCAUGCGAUCUCCGACGAGAGGUGUACAGCCCUCCACGGCGUUCCAACUAUGUUUGAGGCGAUUCUGAGCGUUCCCAAGCCCUCCAACUUCAACACUGCAAACCUUCGCACUGGUAUCAUCGCGGGAGCUCCUGUUCCCCGACCACUUAUGAAGCGACUCUUCGAGGAAUUGAACAUGACCGAAUAUACUAGUAGCUAUGGUCUCACCGAAGCUUCGCCGACAUGCUUCAAUGCGUUCACCACAGAUAGCAUCCACACACGACUGACCACCGUCGGAAAGGUGUUACCACAUGCACGUGCCAAGAUUAUUGAUGCGCAGGGCAAUAUCGUUCCUGUUGGCCAGCGAGGCGAGCUCUGCAUGGCUGGUUACCAACUGACCAAAGGAUACUGGAAAAACCCCGAGAAGACCGCCGAAACAUUCAUCACCGAUUCCGAGGGGGUCAAAUGGCUCAAGACCGGCGACGAAGCUUCCUUCAACGACCAGGGUUACUGCACUAUUACCGGUCGCUUCAAGGAUAUCAUCAUCCGCGGCGGCGAGAACAUCUACCCCCUCGAAAUCGAAGAGCGACUGACAGCACAUCCUCAGAUCGAGCUUGCAUCCGUCAUUGGAAUUCCCGAUCAGAAGUAUGGCGAGGUUGUCGGAGCUUUCAUCGCGAUCGCAGGCACCAGCCGACCCACCGAUGAUGAGCUGCGCGCAUGGACACGCGAAACACUCGGUCGGCACAAAGCUCCCCAACACGUGUUUGUCUUUGGCGAGGAAGGAAUCUCGAGAACGGUGCCUGUAACAGGAAGCGGAAAAGUCCGGAAGGUGGAGCUACGGCAGUUGGCGACGGAGGUGUUGGCUGCGCGCCACUAA